AUGCAACCAGGCGAGGAAGGGGACGCAGAACAGGAGUUGGUAGAGGACGCGGAACAGGGAUCGGAAGAGGACGUGGUACAAGAAAUAGAGGAAAUAGACGUAGUCAUAGGCAGACUUGGAACAAGAAGAGGUCAGGAAAAUGAGGAUGAAGAAAGCGGUGUUAAUGAAGACUGUCCUAAUAGCGGAACAUGGAGUGUGAAAGAGUUUAACCCUCGUUUCCCCCAAAUGAUUCAGCCUGCUUAUCUGGUUAAAGACACGGAAGGGUUUACCAAAACUGAUUACUUGAAGCAAUACAUAGAUGAUGAGCUCAUUGAUCUCAUACAGAGAAAGUCUAAUCAGACUGCCAUCGAAAAAUCAGGACGUAGCUUGUUUCUAACUUCUGAGGAACUGUAUAUCUACUUGGGCAUAACAUUAAUUAUGGCAGCAGUCAAUUAUCCAAAACUAAGGAUGUACGGGGAAAAAAUUGGAGGGUGA